AUGGGUGAGAAAGAUUCAGAGACAGCUCCGAUUUGGGGGAAAACCCAACAGAGAGAGAGCAGCAACGUACACCCAAUGGAUUUAGAAUCGUCUUCUCUAUCUGGUCAGCAGCAGAAUCGAUCGCAGAGUCAGAGUCGAAGCUCUUACGAAGAACGAGGAAGAGGAGUCAAAGAGUUUAGGAGCUGGUUCGCUUGGCUCAUACCGUGUUUCGUGAUCGCUAACGUCGUCGUCUUCGUCAUCACCAUGUAUGUCAACAAUUGCCCGAAGAAAUCUGGAGACUGUUUCGCCGGUUUCCUGGGUCGAUUCUCGUUUCAGAGCACCAGAGAGAAUCCUCUUCUCGGUCCUUCCUCUCUCACAUUACGAGAAAUGGGAGGAUUAGAUGUGAAAAAAGUGGUUGAAGGAGAUGAAGGAUGGCGUCUACUUUCUUGCAACUGGUUACAUGGAGGAGUUGUUCAUCUACUUGUGAACAUGUUGACUCUUUUGUUCAUCGGUAUUCGUAUGGAACGCGAAUUCGGUUUCAUACGGAUUGGAUUGCUUUAUCUGAUAUCUGGCUUUGGAGGAAGUGUAUUGUCAGCUCUGUUCCUCCGGUCAAACAUCUCCGUUGGAGCAUCUGGUGCUGUGUUUGGUUUGCUCGGAGGCAUGCUCUCUGAGAUCUUUAUCAACUGGACAAUCUAUUCUAACAAGGUUGUGACGAUUAUAACUCUUGUAGUGAUUGUGGCGGUGAAUUUGGCACUCGGUGCGCUUCCUGGAGUAGAUAACUUUGCUCAUAUCGGAGGGUUUGGUACCGGUUUUCUUCUUGGUUUUGUGCUCUUGAUCCGUCCGCAUUACGGAUGGAUCAACCAGAGAAACGCUCCUGGAGCUAAACCACGCAAGUUCAAAUUGUAUCAAGCCAUAUUAUGGACCGUCUCUCUCCUCCUCUUGCUCGCUUGGUUUAUUGCUGGUUUGAUCUCUCUGUUCAACAAUGUUGAUGGAAACAAACAUUGCUCGUGGUGUCAUUACCUUUCAUGCAUUCCAACUUCUAAAUGGAGCUGUAACCGAGAGCCAGCCUCUUGCACGACGACUCAAUUAGGAAACAAUUUGAGCAUGACAUGUUUGAGGAACGGGAAAUCGGCAUCAUACAUGUUACCAAAUCCAUCGGAUGCACGGAUUAAUAGCUUAUGCGUUCAGCUUUGCCGUUGA